AGUCACACUUCGGCAACACUCAUCACCGUCACCCGCCGCUACCAGCUUGAGGUGCAAGAGGAAAGUCGCCUUUCGCUGCCAAGACUCCACUCAGCUCUGCCAACAGUCUGAGCUCAUAGCGGGAGUUCACGAGACUCGCCAAGUACCGCACGCCUGUCAGGGGACGGGCCGCAGUCUCCAUUAAGGAACCAGCAAUACCAAGAGCAAGUUGGCUUCUUAAAGACUAAAAUCAGUAAAAGGCAAGCGCAUCUCAGUCUGCCAGAACACUCAGCCAUCACAGUUAUCCUUCGCGUGACAUAACGCUUAGCUGAGGUUCAAGAGUAUAGCAACGCUUGCAAGCAAUCCAACUCAGUGGUGCGUGAGGAAAUGUGUUUAGUUUUUUAAGCUUUUAAAAUGAACAGGUCUGUGGUACCCUAGUAAACGUUGCAAAAUCCUUGCAAACGAGCCACAGUUCGCUUGUGACCUUGAGCUAAAGACGAGUCCCUCAAACGCUAUUCAACAGCUCGGCUGGGGCACGUUACAUCUGAAGAAGGUAGCCGCAGCUGUUCAUCAUAAUGGCAUCAAGACUUAUUAGACUUUUUGCUUUCUUACUAGGAUCAGCAUUGAUAUGGAAAAUGCAUUUUGAACCUUACCUUCAGUUACUACCACAAAAUAGUUACGACAACACAAGAACUGGCUUAAAAAAUGAUAACCCUGACUACUAUCAAAACAAACUUACUCAGGAAGGCAUCCUUUCCCAAAAUGGAAAUUCCAUCGUUAUUCCUGCGUCACAGAAACGCCCUCGACCGUUGCUUAUUCCAAUCAGUACGGGUGGAGAAAAGUGUUUGCCUUUCUUCAGAGACUUGCGUGUUAUGGCCGUCCCUGAGGAAGAUUGUGAACAGCCUCACGUCCUAAUGAACGAUGGAGGACGCCUGGGAAAUAAGUUGUGCCAGUACGCCAGCAUCUAUCUUCUACGUUACUUUUACGGCGUCAGGGUGUCUAUACCAAAAAAUAUGCACGAUUAUCUCAGUACAAUAUUUAAAAACAUAACUCUGUCUGCACAAAACACAUGCUUCACCAAUCAAACAGAGAGUUUAAAGUAUGAUACGUUGUACAUGAAGCUUUACACGACCGCCGCCCAAGCCAGGGCCAGAGCCGUAGACAACAACAUUAAGGAACAGCUACUCAACGCCUCCUACUACGUCUUUGACAACCCUGCGCCGCGAUCCAUCCUGAUGGCCCACAGAGAUCUGAUACGCUCCCUCCUCACGUUCCGGGAUGAGAUUGUCAACAAGGCCAUAGAAAACAUCGACCAGGCCCUCAGCUCAUUCAACGCUACCUACCGCCAACGAAACUUCCCGGUCGUCACUGUCCACGUUCGCCGAACAGACUACACAGGAUACAUCAAAAGAAAUUAUAACCUGACGCAACUUGACGAGCUGUACUUCGAAAGAGCAUUCGAAUUCUACAAGGAAAGGUUGCCGCGACCCGUGUUCCUGGUGCUGAGUGACGACCGCGAGUGGUGCAGGCGAAAGCUGCAGGCCAAGGACGUGAUAGUCAUUGCCAGAGCAUCCCCGACCGUGGACAUGGCAGUGAUGAGUCUCGGGGACCACCACAUCACCAGCUAUGGCACCUACAGCUUCAGCGGCGCCUUGCUGGGCCACGGACACAUCACGCAUCCUAUCGGACAUAACACCAAGUACGAUAUCUUUGACUGUUUGGAGUCGCAUUUCUUUCACCGCAUUUCCAGGGACAAGACUUAUAAAGUAAACAAUUCAGAGGUGGUGCUACCGCAGAGGCUUUAGCGGCACCUGAGGAACACAGCUAAUGACGAGCAAAGUAUACGAGAGAUCAGUGAACGAGUCUGUGUUCAAAAUGUUCAGUAUCAAAAUAUUAAGGAUAAUAUUCUGAAAAGUUUCUGUGCAUCGCUAUUGUAGUCACUGAUAAAGUUUAGUAUGCUCUGUUACGGAUAAGUAUUAUUAUCAUUAUUAUUAUCAUUAGUAGUAGUAGUAGUAAUAGUAGUAGUAGUAGUAGUAGUAAUAGUAGUAAUAGUAGUAGUAGUAGUAGUAGCAGUAGUAGUAGUAGUAGUAGUAGUAUGUUAUUAUUUCUAUCACUGUUAACUUAUCAGAUUAUUUUCUUUAUCGUCCUCCUUAUAGUCCUCCUCUCUGUUCGGCUUGUCCAUGCUGAGCUUAGGUGAAUGUGGAUGUUGUGUAGCUUUAUUUAAUAUUCAUAUCUGGAUGAUGUAAAUAGGGAUAUAUGUAUAGAAGAGAUGGUAGAUAAUUUAUUCAUUAUCUAUAUACCAUUACUUUUACUCUAACUGCAAUUUAAUUUUUUUUUUUAAUUUGUUAUUUAAUAAGGUGUUAACUUUCGCCGUGCCCGGACAGUGUGGUGCUUGCGACUAGAAGGGAGCCAAAAAUACUCUGAGAAGUUCAAGAUGAGACACGUUUAGUAGGCAGCGCUGUGUCUUGUGUAAAUACUCUGUCCUCUAAACACUUAGAAACUCUGAUUACUUGGUGUUUCCAUGCUCCGGCAACUUCUUACAAUGAACGAUCCACCGCAAAACAAAGCCAGAGAGAGAGGACUACUCAAUCACACCGACUUAACCAUAGCAGUGCUCAAUAUAGUUUAUAAUCAGUUGAAAUCUAUGGACAGAACACUGAAAAUUUCAAAUUGCUUGUUAGGCAUAUGUUAGGUACAGGCACGAGGGACGCACAUGUGUACAACAUCACAAUGGUGAUAAGUACAAGUGUUCUAUGGAGCGAACAUCUGUUGCCACGCUGCACAAACCAACAAAGCGAAAAGGUAUCGGGGAAAUUACUUCUGCUUUCAGCUGUGGCCCGUGUUUCUGUUUAUCCGCUUUUGUAUCUAUCAGAACAUUUUUUUUUUUAGAUUCCAAGUUAUCACUCUUAAUUUACAUUUACUAUAUUAAGUGAUAGAUCUGCUUGAAUAAAUAGCGUGUAUGAAUUAUGCAACUAAUAAAUCCUAAUUUU